UCCCACACACACACACACACACAGCCCCGGCCCGGGAGCCAUGAUGUGAAGGGGCACCAUCUCAGCUGCGAGAACGGAGUGGGAGACGAUAUCAACCAGACCCCGUGUGGACAGUAAUGACAUCGCGCUUCCGAUUGCCAGCUGGCAGGACCUACAAUGUACGAGCAUCAGAAUUGGCAAGAGAUAGACAACACACAGACGUGGUGUGCAACGUACUUCUCCUGGAUAACACUGUUCAAGCCUUCAAGGUUACUAAACACGAUCAGGGACAGGUCCUACUGGAUUUAGUCUUCAGACACCUAGAUCUGACUGAACGUGACUACUUCGGUUUACAACUGGCAGAUGAUUCUACAGACAGCCCACGCUGGCUAGAUCCAAACAAGCUCGUCAGAAAGCAACUGAAGAGAGGAUCCCCAUAUAACUUGAAUUUUAGAGUGAAAUUUUUUGUGACUGACCCCAACAAACUGCAGGAGGAAUACACAAGGUACCAAUACUUUCUGCAACUUAAACAAGAUAUCCUUACUGGCAGGUUGCCUUGUCCAUAUAGCACUGCAGCCCUUCUGGCCUCCUAUGCUGUUCAAUCUGAACUGGGAGAUUACAACGAUAGUGAGCACUUGCCGGGCUACCUCGCCGAGUUUUCUUUCGUUCCCAGCCAGCCUCAAGACUUUGAAAAAGAAAUAGCAAAGUUGCAUCAACAGCAGAACAGAGGACUGUCUCCCGCAGAAUCAGAAUUUAAUUACCUAAAUACAGCACGGAGCUUAGAAUUGUACGGAGUUGAAUUGCACUAUGCAAGGGAUCAAAGUAACACAGAAAUCAUGAUUGGUGUGCUGUCAAGCGGCGUUGUCAUUUACAAGAGCAGGGUACGAAUUAACUACUUUCCAUGGUUGAAAAUUGUAAAAAUAUCUUUCAAAUGCAAACAGUUCUUCAUUCAACUUCGAAGAGAAUUGCUCGACUCAAGAGAAACGUUGCUUGGAUUUAACAUGGGGAACUAUCGAGCUUGUAAAAAUCUGUGGAAAGCAUGUGUAGAGCAUCAUACGUUCUUUCGGCUCGAGAGACCUGUUCCUCCACAGAAGAACUUUUUUGCACAUUAUUUUACGUUGGGUUCCAAGUUCCGAUACUGUGGGAGGACCGAGGUGCAGUCUGUGCAAUACGGAAAAGAGAAAGCAAACAAAGACAGGGUAUUUGCCAGAUCACCCAGUAAACCUUUGACAAGAAAACUGAUCGGUGGAAUGGACUGGGAUUCGGUAAGCAGGAAUUCAUUGUCAGAUGAUCGACUUGAAACACAGAGCCUGCCUUCACGUUCCCCACCUGGAACCCCAAACCAUCGAAACUCCACGUUUACCCAGGAAGGAAGCCGUUUGAGACCUUCUUCUGUCGGACACUUGGUCGAUCAUGCAGUGCACGAUUCAUCAAGCGAAGUCUUUGCUAACCACAAGUCUCCUUCGUCCACUCAAGCAAACAGUAUUACUCUGGAGACCUCUCCAACUCAGGAGACAGGGGGAGAUGGACAGCCACCAGCAUUACCACCCAAACAGAAAAAAAAUGCUUCAAUCCACUCGCAGCAGUUUAACACUUCCCUACAGGAGCUGGAUCCUCACUCCCACGAUGGUCUGAUAACGUCAGAAAAAUCAACGCCAAAUGGUAUUGUUCCUCAUGACAAUCUAGUCCCGAUUCGAAUGAAGGCAGAUGAGAAUGGGAGAUUUGGUUUCAAUGUCAAGGGAGGCAUUGAUCAGAAAAUGCCAGUAAUAGUAUCACGAGUGGCACCUGGAACACCAGCUGACAUUUGUGUUCCGCGGCUCAAUGAAGGUGAUCAGGUUGUACUGAUCAAUGGCAAAGAUAUCUCCGAGUACACACACGACCAGGUUGUCAUGUUCAUCAAAGCUAGUUGUGAGACUCGCACCGAAGAGCUGCUGUUAUUAGUUCGGCCCAAUGCUGUUUAUGAUGUUGUGGAGGAAAAGGCAGAGAGUGAGCCGGAUUUUCAGUACAUUCCAGAGAAAUCCCCUCUGGAUGGAGGGCAGCAAGACGACGAUGCCUUACAGGAGUCAAUGGGGCAGUUACAGGAAGGUCUGGAGACCAGCACUAUCCUCGCACAGUUUGAACAACUGUACAGGAAAAAGCCUGGCAUGACAAUGCAACAUGCUAAGUUACCUCGAAAUAUUUCCAAAAACAGAUACAGAGACAUCUCACCUUAUGAUGCAACACGGGUUAUUUUAAACGGUACAGAAGACUACAUCAAUGCAAAUUAUAUAAAUAUGGAAAUCCCUUCUUCCAGUAUAAUAAACCGGUACAUUGCCUGUCAGGGUCCUUUACCUAACACUUGCCAAGAUUUCUGGCAGAUGACGUGGGAACAGGGUUCCUCUCUGGUAGUUAUGCUGACAACUCAAGUGGAAAGAGGCAGGGUCAAGUGCCACCAAUAUUGGCCUGAACCUUCGGAUAAUGCGUCAUAUGGGACUUUCCAAGUUGGCUGCCAUUCUGAAGAAGGAAAUCCUGCGUAUGUCUUCAGAGAGUUAACGCUAACCAAUUUGGAGAAUAAUGAGAGCCGUCCACUGACCCAGAUCCAGUACGUUGCUUGGCCUGACCACGGCGUUCCCGAUGACUCCAGCGAUUUCCUGAAGUUUGUGCUGCUUGUUCGAGAAAAGCGAGUUGGCAAAGAUGAGCCCGUCGUUGUACACUGCAGUGCUGGGAUUGGCAGGACUGGAGUCCUCAUCACUAUGGAGACAGCAAUGUGCCUAAUCGAGUGCAAUCAGCCCAUGUAUCCAUUGGACAUUGUACGAACAAUGCGAGAUCAGAGAGCCAUGAUGAUUCAAACACCAAGUCAAUACAAAUUUGUUUGUGAAGCUAUUUUAAGAGUCUACGAAGAAGGCAUUGUGAAACCAUUGCAGUCAAUACUGUACGAUUAGCCAAAGGACGAGGCCUUUAUCUCAUUGCCGAAGCCUGGUUUGCUGGGGAUUGGGAGGAGAGGGGAGAGAGUGUGGGAGAGAGAGAGAGCGAGAGAGAAGAGCGAACACAUCCGCAAUGUUGCACAGUGAGUGCACAUCGUGUUGUCCUUUUGCGAGUUGGAAGGUUGGAAAAUCGACAAGCCCCGGACGGAGGGUGGACUAUGAGAACUUUAAGCACUGUUGCACUUUAUGUUGGGAAAAAAAAAGCAGUUUCUUGCGUGUGUGACUAUACUGACAAUAAAUACAACGACGAUCAGAGUCGCCCUCAGUUCUGACACGCCGUGUGUCUCGCCUGCUCAUUUUGUCCAGGGAAACGACGGCCAUUUGGAUUAUACUGUAGUGCCAAAAGGGAGAAUUACCUACGUGACUUUUCCCUCGCCUGCCUAUGAAUUUUUCAUCUUCCGUGCUGGUUUGACUUGAGGGAGUUAUUUAAAAAAAAAGUGAUCGAUCGCUCGCUCGCCUCUGGCAUUAUAUAUAUAUAUAUUACACCUUUUUCUGUUUUGCGAGAUUGACUUUGAACACCUUUGGCUUCGACCUGACCCUCGGCAGAGAGAGGGUGUGCGGGAGCCGGGAUGUGGAUGUGUGGGCCGCAUUUGGCAUUACUUACUGUUCAUUUUUAUUAACCCGUCUUUUCACGCUGCCUUUCUGACUAACGUACAAACGGAAAAUCCCCUUCCCCCCCACCCUCCCCACCACGAGCUGUGUGUUUUAAUAUAGAGUAUAAAUAAGUGAUUAUUGUUCAGUGAGCACUUAUGAUCCAAAUCAACUCCCCUGGCCCUUUCCCCCCAACUCCAACCCCCUCUUCCCCCCCCCCAAAAAAACACAAACUAAACUUUUCUCACUUUCAGAUUUUGAUGUGCAGCAUUUUGACUUGUGAUGAGUCUCGACCAGUCACAGAAUGUUUGUUUUUCUCACCUCUUUUAGAAGCCUCGCACCGCGAUAAUAUGGAGAGCUGGCAAUACGGCGUUUUUUUUUUUAAAAAAAAAGAUUUAUUUACACGGAAAAAGUUCCUGGGUGAAUUGAAAACCGACACUGAAUUCUACAUUGAUUCCUUGGCUGACUGAGGUGCCUGAAAUGGGAAUUUCUCAAUUUAUCCAAUCCAGGCUUGACUCAAGAAUUUCCUAAUAGAACCUAAAAGUGUUCUCGCUUGUUAAUGAUUGCCCGGGUAAAACAUUGGCUAAGACAAUCCUUUCCAAAGACGCGCAUUCUCUUUCAGACCAGGGAUUAGUGGUGAAGAUUUACAUGGUAGUUGUCUUAAGGGUGGGGGGGGGGGGAGGGUCACCAAACACACCGAGCUCUUUCACCGUGGGUGAUCUCACAGAUUGAUUGAGGGCCCUGCGCCUUCUCGUUAAACGUUUUCACUUGCAGAGACAUGAUAGCACUUCACACUUUUGUGCCAGAUAUAAGCAUGCAUGCCUUGUACCUUCAGUUCAGUUAUCUGUUGUCCACACCACUCUUGCACCCUGCAGAGGUGAAGUGCACUAAAACACUCGGAUAUAUGGGUGAAAGGUACAAAGCGCAAACACCAGUCUUUAAAUUUAACCAGUAAAAAUUCUGGUCGAUUUUGCUGAUCAGUUUUGAACAAGUCCAAAUAUUGCUUGGCAACCUCUCGUCUGUUAACAUAGGGACAUAGUCCUUACUUUAAGGUACAGGAUUAUGCCUCAAUUACUUUUUGGGGGACAUUGAGUUUGACCAGUGGGAGAUUGAGAGGGAUCGCUCUUAUCAAAGCUGCUGGUUGUAAGUGUUGAAAUGCAUCUUUGGAACAAACAAAAUGCAGCUUUAAUAUUUCUGGGCAAAGUAACAAACGGAAUCCAAUCGGAUAGAUCUCUGCUUGGAUUUUUUUUAAAAAAGCCAUUUUUAUCGAUGCAUUUAACCAGUGGUCUCCUGCACAAAAAUCGGGGAAAUAUCUCAACAGCAUUUGAGCACUGUGUGGAUUAAUUCAGAAAGCUGCUGAUUUCCCCCACUUUAGUUUCUCUGUAUGUUAUUUAAAUAUUAAUAUUCCGAGUGACGUUUCGGUUUAAAAACAUUGCGACGUCCUCCUCUAAAGUGCAACAAAUUCAGACUCUAGCGUGUUUUUAAAUUAAGCAACGGAAGUAGAAGUUGAGAGAGACCGGGAGCCUGACAAACCGACUCAGUAACAGUGUGAAUCCCUCCGAACCCAAACUUUUUAACAAGAAAACAAACCAGUGACUGUGUUGGAUUUAUUGACGUCAGAAUAUCUGCACAUCCCGGAACCUCGUGUCGUUUACGUGUUGUACCGCGUGCAGCUGUAACUAGUGCUGUCGAGUCGAGGUGCGCCACGUGUGUACCAUCAGCUCGAUGCCAUCGCAUUCACUUGGUCAAGGUCGGGAGAGUAAUGCGGGCAACUGGGUUCGUGAGAAAAGAGUUAAGCUAUGCACAGCCAACGAUUGGUAAUUAACCUCACUUUCUGUUCCCUCUGGACGUGCACAACCGCAGUGUUAUUUUUUUAUUGGAACGACUUUGAGGAAGGAGGCAUGUGAACUGGUUCCUUAUUUUUUUUUCCCCCUUCCCACUU